AACCAGUCGUAAACUGGUACUCCUAGUAACUGGUAUUCCACCGACAUUAAUCCCGCCGACGGCAGAACUAAAAUCUUCCUCCCCUCGCCUCCCAACGUUGCUCAUUCACUUUUCACUCACAAAAUUUCUCAAACCAGAGAACUCGGAAAAUGAAGUACGCCUCAUCCAGAAACAAACCAGCGUCACCUCUUACACUACUCUUCUUCUGCGCAACUUUCGCCGCCACUGGUUUGCUCAUUCUCACACUAAGAUCCGUCGAUCCGUCGUCUCCCCCUGCUCCACCUCAUUUCCCUACUCCAUUCCUUGUUCGGAAUUCAAGCUCUCCUUCUACUUCUACUUCUACUCGACAUGACGCCGUUUCCGCAGAUGCUCCCGAGAAACCACCCAAAUCUUGCGCUACGGUGGAAGAAAUGGGCAAAGUUUUCAAAGGUGGUUUCUUGGAGCAGAGUCUCAGGGUUCGGAGGAUUAUUCAACAUCACUUUGCUGUAAAUGGAGCCUCAACCGUCCGUGAGCUGCCCCCUCAGCAGUUCUGCAAGCAAGGUUUUGUGUUAGGAAAAUCAUCAGAAGCUGGAUUUGGGAAUGAGAUGUACAAGUUGUUAACUGGUGCAGCGUUAAGCGUAAUGUUGAAUCGGUCCUUGAUCAUCGGGCAAACCAGGCAUAUUGGGGUAAAUAUCCAUUUGGGGACUACAUUUCUUAUUCCAACCUCACGUUUACCUUGAAAGAGGUCAAGCAUCUUUGGAGAAAAAAUGGUUGUGUAAACAAGUAUAAAAGGCAUUUGGUAAUGAGGAUUGAUGAUUUUGAGAAGCCAGCAAAGACAAAUGCCCUCUGUAGCAAUUGGAGAAAGUGGAAACAACCUAUUAUAUGGUUUCAGGGUACUACAGAUGCUAUAGGAGCUCAAUUUUUCUUGAAGAAUGUACACUCUGGGAUGAGGAAGGUUGCUUCUGAGUUAUUUGGCAAGCCAGAGUCCCUACAAUCUCGACCUAAUGUAUUUGGGGAACUGAUGAGAGUGCUUAUAUCCCCUUCUAAAGAUGUUGAGCAAGCAGUCAAUUGGGUUCUUGACGGUGUUGGGGAGCCAGAUAUUACCUUGCACAUGCGGAUGCUUAUGAAUAGAUCUGUAAGAGCUGUACGAGCCGCAUCAAACUGCAUCAGAAAAGCCACACGUAACUUACAGCUAAGGUCAAAACCCAGGCUGGUUGUAGUGUCUGAUACCCCCUCUCUUGUGAAAAGCAUAAAGCCAGAUAUAGGUGGAUUUGCUGAGGUUCUCCAUUUUGAUUAUAAAGCUUACAGAGGUAAUGUCUCUCAUGAAACUAAUGGGCUUCCAAGCUUGGAUUUUAGAGUGAAAGAUUGGGGUCCAGCACCUAGAUGGGUUGCUUUUGUGGACUUCUUUCUUGCCUCUCGUGCAAAACAUGCUGUUGUUUCUGGAGCCCAGAGACGUGUUGGGACUACCUAUGCUCAGUUAGUUGCAGCACUGGCUGCAGCAAAUAGCAUUGGAGAAAAGUCAUCCAAUUCAAAAUUUGCAUUCUUUAGCAGCUUCCAGAGCAAUUUGUUGGCAGAAGGCUUAAAGCUUCAGGUGGGUUGGGGUCAUGUAUGGAACAGAUUUGCUGGACCAUUGAGUUGUCGAGGGCAGUCAAAUCAGUGUGCUUUCACAGCUGUUCUUCCUCCAGCUUGGUGGGAUGGUCUUUGGCAGUCUCCCUUGCCACGCGACAUCCGCAGGUUGGAACAAUAUGGUAUUCGGCUUUCAGGUUUUGGCACAAUUGAUGAAAAUCAGCUCCGUUCUCAUUGUACUGCUAGGAAAACCACGGUUAGAACCGUCACAUUCAUAUAAAUUUAGUAGCUAGUGCCUUAAUUCAAUUCAUAGAAUGCAUUCUUUAGGUACUAGGUUACGUCCAUGUGGGAAAUCUCCCCCUGUUCUAGCAUGCAUUUCCUUGGUCAUUUUACUCUUUAUUUGAAAAAUAGCUCAAGGAUACUUUUUGGGCGUGGUAUGCUUCAUGCAUUUUUGAAUCUUCUAAUGAAGAGUAAUGAUAGGA